AUGCAACUGAUUUUGGAUGCUGAAACUACAAUUGACAUACAAAAUAAAAUGUCUGGAAUGAACGAAGCAACUUUUGAUGAGAAAUUUACGAAAAGUAUAAUCGAAAAAUUUUCCGACGAUCUUCACCAUGGGGCUAGUGACUUAAAGGGUAUUACUUUACUAGACGAUGGUAAAGAAAAACAAAAUAUAGAAAAUAACAUUCCUAACGGUGAAAGUAAUAACCAAGAAGAAAAUACCGAUAUACCUACAAUUAUAUCAAACAUUGAGAGUAACGUUAAUAAUGAAGAGAACGAAAGAUCUUCCGAAGAUUUAGAUAACUCCAUUGAAAGACGAAAUGCUAGUUUAACGGAAGAUUGCGAAAAAGAAUCUAAUGGUAUUGAAAAUGUCACAAAGGUGCAAAGUGAUACUAUACCAAAAUUAAUACAAGAUGAAAACUUUCAUGAUGGAGCACUUAUGCAGUCUGAUGACCAGUGCAAUGCAUCGGAUAAUAUUAUAGAACUAGACUCAAAUUUAGCAAAUUUUUCUGAAUCCACUGAAUAUGGCGCAAGUAGUAACGAAAUAAAAUUCAUCGAACCAGGCAAUAUUGCCGAUGAAAAUACUACUGAAAAUAACGAAACAUCUAAUUUAGAAACUGAAGUAGAAAUCAAACUGGAUAGCAAUAAAGUUGUAGAUAAAGAUGUUGAACAAAAACGUGAUUAUGAAGAUUUAGGUAAAAUCGUUGAUCAGGACGAUGGAAAAUUAAAAACCGUUGGUGAUAAUGAUCUGGACAGCAAUGAAGAACUGAGAAAUAUUUUGUUAAACAAAAAGAAUACUAAAGAUGAAGAUGUUAUUUCUAAUUCACUCACUGACAGCAUUAAUAAAAAUGAUAUUGAAUUGAAUACCACUGAAGUUGAUGAGAAAGUUGAAUUAAGAGAAAAAUCGGAAGAAAAGGAGCAAUCGAAAGAAAAUAAAUCAAAUUAUUCAGAGCACGCAAAUCACAAGCAGCAAGUGCUUGAAGACAAAGCAGAAAUUGUAAAUGAGAGCUUGCCUUGCGACAAAACUGAAAAACUGGGCGAGAAAAAGAAGUCACAAGCUUACAAGUUAUCAAAUACAUUAGAUAUAUUGUCUGAUGAUGAAGAUGAACAACAAGGUGUUUCUAAGGACAUUCAAAAUGUAAGCAAAUAUUCUCAAAAUAUCUCACUUGUAGAUGAUGAUGAUGUCAUGUUAAUAGAAGAGAAUAUAGGUGAAAAAAAUAAAAAUAAUACUGGUAUGGUUGAGUCCAUAUCUGAAGAAACAGAUAUAUCUAAUACUGAAAGGCAAUCUCCAUCAUGUACUGAUCCUAUGAAUACAAAUAAAGAUGCAGUUACUGAAAAUAACUUACUGAAAAACGAAUUGGACUGCACACAGAAGGACAGCUGUGAAAAAGAAUCUCAUAAACCAAUUUUACCGUCUAGUUUCCUGAAAACAUGUAAAAAAAAUCUUGCUGAUAUGACCCGAGAAGAUCUUGAAGAGUUUUGCAUAUUGAAAAUUGUUGAAAGUGUCGUUGACAAAAGUAAUCUAGUUAAUGGCAUGAGAAACUCGCCACCAGUACUAAAGCCUGAAAAGCGGACUAGACUGCAAUCUGUAACAGUAGAUUUAACAGAUGAUGAACCACCAUCAAAAAUGGUUUCUAGAAGCUCACCGGCUCCACCUGUACGAUUAGUACCACCACAGAAUCUAUUGGCACCGCAAAGACAACCAUUUACAAUCAAUAUUAACAGUCCAAGAAAAGUGUACAUUCCAAUAAGCAGUCCACAAGCUCAGAAUAUUAGACCAGGGCAGACCAUUUUGUUAAGAUCUGUACCUCCAAAUCCAGGACCAAGGCCAAGAGGACCCUCAAAUAGUUUACCAAGCAAGCAGUCUAAUUCAAUAAGGAUGAAUAAAGUGCAAUCUAACAGACAUCCUGCACCUUUACCUGAUGCUAUGAAGCAGUAUCAGCCACCUAAUUGGAAAGCAUUACCGCCCGCACCAGACUUAACACUCUCAAAAGUAGACAAUGGGAUUGUUAUAUCAUGGAAAAUAGAAGGCUGGAAGACUACCACUGUUGGCAAAGUGCUGUUCGUCGUAGCGUUC